CAGGUGUCCCAUCUUCCCCCACCUUACUAUAUGGUGUUUAAUAGAACGAGCAGUGUAUUAUUUACCACGGAUAUUGUGCGUGAACUGGACAUUGAACUAAAUAAAGCAGAAGAGGAAUUUUUAUAUGACAAUCCGAUUCUUUGCCAUGAUCGUUUUAAGGAUUUAUUGGUGGGCAAAACCUGCAAUUUAUUUUUGUAAUAACUUUCCUUAUGAUUUUGGCAUUAUUUUACAGAAUAAAAUCAAGCAGGCAAAAGAUCAACAUCAAGAACUGGUAGUACUAACAGUACAUAAUUUCACAACUGUAUUAAAUUUGAUUUGCUUUUUGUAUAAACAGAUUAUGGAAAUCGAGGAAUUAGAGAAAAUGUUUCCACCGAGCCCAACGUCAGAAGAAGACCGUGAACGCAGUCAUACACACCCAGUUGGAGACGACUCAUCAACGCAAGAGUCUAAUAAUUGUGGUGGUGAUAUUCGACGUAUUAACUCCAGCUUUAACUAAAGGCGUGGUUAUGGUUGGCGUAAAAUAGUCCAUUUUUCAUUGUUUUAUCGUUCUGCUUAGUAGUAGUGAAAUUUAUUUAUACAAUUAUGUAACCUUAUCGUCGUCCUCCCGAGAAUUAAGUAACCGUAUAUAGGCUACCGUCCUCACAAUAAACCUGCGGCACAAAGCGAAAGCUUGUUGAAACUGAUAUUUGUUUAAAUGUAUUUUUCCUACACCUGCGUAUAGAAUUAAAUUAAAACGCCAUUUUAAUUAUUAACUGGUAAUAAAUCAUUUACUAUACAGCAGUUACGUUGACUUUCAGUUUGGUUUGCCCGCAUAUAAAGGUGGAAAUUAUUUGAGUGAUGUAGUUGAUACACGAACAACAGCAUAUGAAACUGCUGUUUUAGGUAUAGAGUUUUAUUCAGGUAAAGGUUGCCUUUAUAGCACUGUAAUUUGGCGCUGCGUUUUAUAUGUAUAUACAGAAAACUUGGCUAUGUUUCGGUGUCAUGGCUUGAAUAGUAUAAGGGUGGGGUAAAUUGGGACAUGUUUUAGUUUACAAUAUAUAAUUAUAACUGUAGCUCCGCGGCUUCAAAAGAGCGCUGUUAGUUGUUAAAACUGUACAAUCAGUAAAUAUGGGGUAUAUAGGUGGCAACGAUUCCCCAUCUUACCCCAGAGUACUAUAUAUAAUAAAGUUUAUAUGCAGAAGUGUUAAAGAUUAAAUUUAAAUAUUAAAGUCUGUACUGCCGGGCAAUUUACAUGGAUGAAUAUAAUGAAGUCGUGGAAGAACUACGAAAGAUGGAAGACGCAAACGUGUUUGAAAACCCUGACAAGUGUCGCGAAACUACGAAAGUUUUACUUGGAAACAUCGCACAUUUGAAAAAAGAAAACCAAAAACUGGUCUACGAGUUCACAAAAGAGAAAAACAUUGACUUGGAAAGGGGAAUUCUUCGGAUGAAUGACGUGAUUUACUAUUUGCUGGAGUUUACACUUGAGAAAAAUAACACGUUGACGAAUGAGGAUAAGAAAUUCAUAAAGGGUCUAAUUAACGUCGUAAUGCCGGUUUCAAACGACAUACGGGAAUACGUGGAUUAUAGAGAAAUGCCAAACAGUGCAAUGAGUUCUGUAGCAAGAGGUUACGAUCAGAGUUCUACAACCAGCACGUCAACACUAGAUCCUUCAUUCCGAGGGUUGCCACUGCCAGGUUGGAACAAACAUAACGAUACGCAGCCAAAGCUAAUAUACAGAGGAACUGUUGCGGACUUUCGUUCAAAACAACAGAACAGACCAUCGAUAUUACCUUAUCAGCCACAACAAGCAGCACAUGAUUUGCAAUCAACAUCGACUGGGUCUACUGCAGGUUCGCAUUUCACGUUUAGUAUGGCUAGCGGACGGUUGUCCGCAAGGGCAGCACCUGAAAGGGCCAGCUUCGCUCAGAUGGUGGCAGCUAAUACACCAGGAAUAGUGUUUAAAAGACCAACAUGCCUUAUGUUUAGAACGAACAAGCUAAUGUCAAGAAGCGAGAUAAUAUUUCUGUUAAAAGAAGCAGGUUUUACAAAAAACAGAAUAGCUGGCAUUGCAGCAAUGAAAGGUAACAAAGUGGAUGUCACCUGUGUUACCAGGCAGAAUGUUCUGGAUCUGUUCGAAAAGUUAACGACAGUAAACGAAAUUUACGGCCUUCGACUGUACGAAUCCGACAUUGUAAAUGUAGUAAUAGGAUGGGUUCCAAUACCCUUUCCUGAGAAAACGCUGCUGGAACACAUUGAAAAGGACUAUGGCAAACCAAUUAAAAGCACUCACAAAAUAGAUAAAGAUGGGUUCAAGACCGGA